AUGAGGAAGAUGCGGACUCUCCUUGGCUUUGUGCUUUGCUGCUGCUGCUGCUGCUUCUUGCUGCUUCUGCCUCCGCCGCUCUGGGUCAGCCUGGCGGCGGCCAAGCAGCUCCUGAGGUACCGGCUGGCCGAGGAGGGACCCGCCGACAUCCGCAUCGGCAACGUGGCUGCCGACCUGGGCAUCGUGACGGGCUCCGGAGAGGUGACAUUCAGCCUGGAAUCGGGCUCCGACUACCUCAAGAUCGAUAAUAUGACCGGGGAGCUGAGCACCACGGAGCGGCGCAUCGACCGCGAGAAGCUGCCGCAGUGCCAGAUGAUCUUCGACGAGAACGAGUGCUUCCUGGACUUCGAGGUGUCGGUCAUCGGCCCCUCACAGAGCUGGGUGGACCUCUUCGAGGGCCGGGUCAUCAUCCUGGAUAUCAACGACAACACCCCCACCUUCCCCUCGCCCGUCCUCACGCUCACCGUGGAGGAGAACCGGCCCGUGGGGACCCUCUACCUGCUCCCCCCCGCCACCGACAGGGACUUCGGCCGCAACGACGAGGCCGACCUGGCGGAGAACAGCAGCCCCGGGACGCCCAUCCUGCAGCUGCGGGCCGCCGACCUGGACGUGGGGGUGAACGGGCAGAUCGAGUACGUGUUCGGCGCGGCCACCGAGUCCGUGCGGCGCCUGCUGCGCCUCGACGAGACCUCGGGCUGGCUCAGCGUCCUGCACCGCAUCGACCGCGAAGAGGUGAACCAGCUGCGCUUCACCGUCAUGGCCCGCGACCGGGGACAGCCCCCCAAGACGGACAAGGCCACGGUGGUGCUGAACAUCCGCGACGAGAACGACAACGUGCCCACCAUCGACAUCCGUAAGAUCGGGCGCAUCCCGCUGCGGGACGGCGUGGCCAGCGUGGCCGAGGACGUGCUGGUGGACACCCCCAUCGCGCUCGUGCAGGUCUCGGACCGCGACCAGGGCGAGAAUGGCGUGGUGACCUGCACCGUGGUGGGCGACGUGCCCUUCCAGCUCAAGCCGGCCAGCGAGGGCGAGGGGGAGCCGCAGAACAAGCGCAAGUACUUCCUGCACACCUCGGCGCCCCUGGACUACGAGGCCGUCCGCGACUACAACGUGGUCAUCGUGGCCGUGGACUCGGGCAGCCCCAGCCUGUCCAGCAACAACUCCCUGCUGGUGCGGGUCGCGGACACCAACGACAACCCGCCGGUGUUCAGCCAGGCCGUGCUGGAGGUCUCCUUCCCGGAGAACAACUUGCCUGGCGAGCGCGUGGCCACCGUGGUGGCCACGGACGCGGACAGCGGCAAGAACGCCGAGAUCACCUACUCGCUGGAGCCGUCGUCCCUCUCGGCCGAGGCGCCGGGCGGCCUCUUCACCAUCGACCCGGACUCGGGCGACGUGUCGGUGCAGGCGGUGCUGGACCGCGAGCAGCGCGACACCUACGAGUUCCAGGUGACGGCGCGCGACAAGGGGGGGCCGCCGCUGCAGGGCUCUGCCACCGUGGUGGUGCGCGUGGCGGACCGCAACGACAACGAGCCGCGCUUCAUGCAGGACGUCUUCACCUUCUACGUGAAGGAGAACCUGCAGCCCAACAGCCCCGUGGGCAUGGUCACCGUCAUGGACCUCGACAAGGGCCGCAACGCCGAGCUCAGCCUCUCCAUCCAGCCCGGCGAGCACGACCAGGCCGCCGGCAUCUUCUCCAUUGAGAACGACACGGGCACCAUCUACUCCACCGUCUCCUUCGACCGGGAGCAGCAGACGAGCUACACCUUCCGGGUGAAGGCGGUGGACGGCGGCGAGCCGCCACGCUCGGCCACCGCCACCGUGUCCCUCUUCGUCAUGGACGAGAACGACAACGCGCCCGCCGUCACCUUCCCCAGCAACAGCUCCUACACCGUGCUGCCGCCCUCCAGCAACCUGCGCACCGUGGUGGCCACCGUGGUGGCCACGGACGCCGACACCGGCCUCAACGCCGACCUCAACUACAGCAUCGUGGGCGGCAACCCCUUCCGCCUCUUCGAGAUCGACCCGGCCAGCGGCGUGGUGUCGCUGGUGGGCAAGCUGGCCCCCAAGCACUACGGCCUGCACCGCCUCGUGGUGCAGGUCAACGACAGCGGGCAGCCGCCGCAGUCCACCACGGCCCUGCUCCACGUCUUCGUCAACGAGAGCCUCUCCAACCACUGCCGCUCCAGGGGCAAGCACGGCUACGAGGCCGGCAAGAAGGACCACGAGGACUUCUUCACGCCGCAGCCGCACGACAAGGCCAAGAAGCCUAAGAAGGACAAGAAGGGCAAGAAGGGCAAGCAGCCUCUCUACAGCAGCAUCGUCACCGUGGAGGCCUCCAAGCCCAACGGGCAGCGCUACGACAGCGUCAACGAGAAGCUCUCGGACAGCCCCAGCAUGGGGCGCUACCGCUCGGUCAACGGGGGCCCCGGGCACCCCCCCCCCGAGGGCGACAACAUCUCCAUCGGCUCGGACCACUGCUCCGAGUACAGCUGUCAGGCCGGCAGCAAGUACAGCAAGCAGCCGUUUCGUAGAGUGACGUUUUCUGUUGUGAGUCAGCCUCAGGACCCGCAUCAAGGGUCAUUGCAGAGUUGCUAUGACAGCGGUCUGGAGGAGUCAGAAACACCAAGCAGUAAGAGUUCAUCAGGGCCAAGACUGGGUGCCCUUCCACUCCCAGAGGACAACUACGAAAGGACUACGCCGGAUGGCAGUGUUGGUGAGGCAGAGCAUAUGGAAAAUGAUUCACGACCUCUACCAGAUGUAGCCCUGACAGGGAAGUGUACCCGAGAGUGUGAUGAGUAUGGCCACUCGGACUCCUGCUGGAUGCCAGUUCGCACUUCUCCGGAAAGGAAGCAGAAGAGCCAGCCAAAACUCUCCACUUUCAUGCCUGUUGAUGAACGAGGCAGUCAAGAAAAGCUGGCCAAUGGAGAAGCCUCCCUCAUGGGCGAUCGCAACAGAAACCUCCUAAACAAAAAGUUAACCUCAUCCUAUGAGACCUUCAGUGCGGCUAGUUUCAGCAAAAAUGAAGAAGGCCAUCCAGAGGAUAUCCCCCUCACACAGACAGGGGAAUACAAGCCAUCUCCUGUCAAUACUUUAACUAGAAGAGAAGUUUACCUGUAGGCUAAAAAGCAGCAACCAAGUUCUUUCAUGUAUCAGAAGGAAAAGGGGCAAAAGUCUUAAAAUGAAAACAAUUUUACCUAAAAAUGAGAAAUAAAAAAGAGGGGGCCACCAAAGAGACAAAAGCUCUGCCUGCCAUUUCUGCCUCCCUACGCAGGCGUUUAACUAUACUGUCUGCCUGACUAUACUGUACAAUGUAGAAACCAUUGUUGUUGCAUGUCUAAUUCCCCCUCACUGAUUUUUAUUUUCCUAAAUUUAUGGUUGCAAAUUCCUCCCAUAGUAACAAGCUUAAUUAAAGAGAAUACAACACACAGUUGUUACCCUCUGCAGAAGCAUGAGUCAAGCCACUCAUUUUCUUUGAUUGUCAUCUGGCUUGUUGAGGAUAACAGGUCAGGGAAAAUAUAUUCAAAACAUAUCAUCUGAAUAUUGCUGAUCCCCACCAGGGACAAUCCUUCAGAAACCAUACAGAUAGAGGUAAAUACAAAGGAAAAACUAUUAAUAGGCACUUUGUGAAUACCACAGCUUUAAUAUUCUCACCUCUCAUCUGAGGCUGGAAGCAACAGAAAUACCAUUCAUCCUGAGACUGCAGUCC